ACAUUGAGGGAUGUUCUUUGAAUAUUCUUUGUUUAUUUACAACCAGCCUGUUUGGAUUUUCUCCGAGCAAAAUUAUCAGGCGAUAUCAGGCCAAGAAAUCACUUUUUGUGCUCUUUGUCAAAAUGGGAUGUGAUGGUGGAACUAUUCCUAAAAGGCAUGAGUUGGUGAAAGGCCCAAAGAAAGUUGAGAAGGUUGACAAAAAUGCAGCGCUUGCUGCUCGGUGGAAGUAUUGUGCUCUCAGUACGGAGAAACUCCGGCGCCCAAUUGUUACUUGUGAUCUGGGAAGACUUUACAACAAAGAUGCCGUGAUUGAGUUCCUUCUGGAUAAAUCCGCAGAUAGACCCAACAGUGAGGUUGUAUCACACCUUCGUGGCAUUAAGGAUAUAAAGGAGCUGAACCUGACUGACAACCCAGCCUGGGAAGGCGAGAGGAGGAACACCAAAGGGGACCGCUACGAGGACAUGCACUGUGCCAUGUUCAUCUGUCCUGUGGUGGGCCUGGAGAUGAAUGGCAAACAUAGGUUUUGUUUUCUGCGUACCUGUGGUUGUGUGUUUUCCGACCGGGCCCUGAAGGAAGUCAAGACUGAGAUAUGUCACAAGUGUGGCGACCCUUUCAAAGAAGAAGACCUCGUCGUCCUCAACGGGACCAAGGAGGAGGUGGAGAAACUGAGGGAGAUAAUGGAGGAGAAGAGAGCCAAGGCCAAGGCAACAAAGAAAUCAAAGAAGAGCAAAUUUUCUGAGACUGUUUCCAAGCCAUCAGAGUCAAAAGAAAAUCCAGACUCCACCGAAACCGUUUUUGCAGAGGGCAAAACUUCAACAGAAAAUGGCGAAGACCGCAGCCAGCCAGCAGUCCCUGGGCCCUCUGGUUCUUCCAGCUCCUCAAAGGUGGUCAAACCCUUGGCGGCAUCCGGAAGCUUGGCGGAAUCCGGGAGCAAGAGGUCCAUCCAGUCCAUGGAAGAGAAGUCAGAGACCUACAAAUCUCUCUUCACCAGCCACAGUUCAGCCAAGCGCACCAAAGCCCAGACGUCCAACUGGGUCACCCACACCCCCUACCACUUCUAAAUGACGCCACCAUCCCUUAUCACCCCCCUUCCCCCACACAACCAGGUGCUCCUGUGUAUUUGCAGUGAGAAACACUUUGAGGUAACCCUUUAUUUGAAGGGUACCUAAAAAUAAAGUCAUUUAUAAUCUAAACUUAAUGCAUUCAUGAGCACAUGCCUGUUUCAUAAAUGCUUAUGUCAACAACGGCAAGUUGAAAUAUGCAGUAAAAGUGCACAUUUCUGUGACGGGGGAAUAUCAACAUGACACUGCUUAUGAAUGUGUUGUAUGUAGGUGAUGGAGCUCUUAUGGUGGUGUCAUUUUAAUAAAGUGUUACUGAAUUAGACAUGACUUUUUCUUGUAGGUAUCCUUGGGCUCAGGCUGGUGAAUCAAUACAUGUGCUAUAGGUUAGGGUUGCUAAUUUUCCUCUUCUUUUUUUCUAUGAAUUGGCUGUAUUAUAUGAUGGUCUUAUCUAGUUGUUUUUUAUAGAUGUGGAUCACUAUUAUUCAUCUUUAGAUUAUGAUUUGCUAUGCAAUAUAUUAUAAAAAUGUUUUGAAAUGAUAUUACAAGGAUUUAGUUUAUAGAAAGUGGAAUAGUGUUUAUUCAUAGCAUCUUAUUGUUUAUGUAAGUAAACACUGUUUAUACUCAGUAUUGACAUUUCUUCCACAUCAGCAAUCAAAAUAUAGAUUGAUAUAAACAUUUCAAUGUUCAUAUUUGAUUUUUAUUUAAACGGAUACCUUUUAAAUACUUUUCCCACGCAUGUUUUUUCAACCCAAACAAUGUCAAAAUAAAAUAUUUUUUUCCCUAAAAAUGGGUAUUCCUUU